AUUUUGAUGACAUCAAACCACGAACGUCUUUUAGUGUUCUUCCUUGGCCCAGAAAAGGAGCAUAGGCAAGAGAGCUGCACAAUAUUACACUAUGUCGAUUUCGCAGCUCUCGAGGCUUCUGCCGCUGCCAGAAGAUGAACUGAAACAGGUGCUGGACUACGCAGCGACCUUGUCAAAAACGGAAGCGGUUGACCACUUUGGAAACCUUCUUGGUGACUCACCUGGCGCCGUGGAUUUCAUAUCGUCCUUCAAUUCAAGGCGGCAAGACCCUAAAUCCGCCUCGUCGCAAGCAACAGCAUCGACAGCAAGACAGAAUUCUAGCCCAGAUGCCUUUCCCAAGCCCCCAAGAGGCGCAAAGAAGAAGAAAGCACAGUUGCACACCCUGGCGCCCCGGCAGAUCACUAAUCUAGGUCCCGCUCCUGGCACAGCAUACAACAAGAAGGAUUCCAACGAUGAGUUCCUUGCACGAAGGCCAAGUCCGGCAUCCACGUCAAGCGGUUCCGUGUCGCCGGCGAAGGCGCCACCCAAAUCUGCGACUCCACCACCAAAGGUAACACGGACAGCUGCUGGCCACCUCAUCUCAGACCUUCCAAAGCCGAAGACCAAGUCCAAUCCGGCAUCGCAGUCUUCGAAUCCUGGGCCCAAAACCAAAAUCAACAUAUCUGGUGGCACCGCUAUGCAUGGCGCCUCCACCGCGCUCUCGGAUCUGGAUGCCGCCAUCCGGGCGCUGGAGAUGACGACAAACCCCUCGAAAACUAACGACGAUGAGACCAGGCGAUGCAACUGCGUGGCCGCACGACAUCCACUUCUCGCGGCAGCGCCCAAUUGCCUGAGCUGCGGGAAGGUCAUCUGUGUCAAAGAAGGCCUCGGUCCAUGUACCUUCUGCGGUACCCCUGUGUUGAGCACGUCAGAGGUGCAGUCUAUGAUCCAGGAGCUGAAAGCAGAGCGAGGUCGCGAGAAGAUGGCUGCCGACAGACAAGCCAACAAAAGGCCUGACGUGUCCCGAACUCCCGCGCCCUUCACUAAGCCGCGCGAGAAUACCGACGAACCAAACUCGGCGGAAGCAAAGGCACUGGAGCACCGCGACAGGUUGCUCGCAUUCCAGUCCCAGAAUGCCCGACGGACGACGGUCAGGGAUGAAGCCGCUGAUUUUGAUGUCGCUGGGGCCAUGGCCGGCACUGGCGGCAGCAUGUGGUCCACUCCGGAAGAGCGAGCGCGUGAGUUAAAACGACAGCAGAAGAUCAUGCGGGAGAUGGAAUGGAAUGCGAAACCUGAGUAUGAAAAGAUGCAGCAGGUCGUCAGUAUUGACUUGGUCGGCGGCAAGGUCGUACGCAAGAUGGCUGCGAGACAACGUCCUCAGAGUCCAGAUGAACAAUUAGACACGGCAGCACCAGUGCUCGCGGAAACUCGCGGAAACCGUGGCUCAGCUGGUGGUAGAAACGUCGGCGGCGGCAGCGGCGGAGCCUUCAGCCAGAAUCCGUUGCUGGGAGGGCUUAUUAAGCCCGUAUUUGAGACAAAGGGGAAAGGCACCGGCUUGGAAGGUCGGAAAGACAGGAAGACGAGAUGGAGGAAGGUGCAGGACGAUUUGGAGAAUAAUGAGGACGUGAUACUGGACGGAGGCGCUUAUGGAAGGCGCGGUGUAGAAGAUCAGACGGUUGUGGCCAACGCCGAUGAGCCUGGUUGUGGUUAGCAAUAGUUUAGCACCAUAGAGACAGAAACGAGUAAACCUUGAGGUUGUUUCACGAUUGA